CUGCUCGCGGGGAGACCAUGGCUGGGGCCCCAAGCAUCAAGGGGCCGUUUUUGGUGCUGCUUUUGCAGCUUGUCCUCAUUUGCUCCUCUCAAAGGAGCCAAGGAUCUCCUGGCCCUCCUGGACCAGCAGGUGUCCCGGGAAUUGACGGCAUUGCUGGAGACAGGGGAGACCAGGGUGAGGAUGGUCCACAGGGGCCCGAUGGAGAUGCAGGUAAAGCCGGGUCUUCAGGAUUACCUGGGAUUCCUGGAAACGAUGGUUUGACCGGCCCCGUUGGAGAUCCCGGGCCUGACGGUCCCCCCGGACAGAAAGGUGAACCUGGAAAAGUUGGACCUCGUGGAUCCGCUGGUGUCGGCCCAGAUGGACCCCUUGGACCACCUGGGCCUGGAGGACUUCCGGGGGAAGUGGGAAAAGGCGGACCUCCUGGCGCGAUGGGAGUUAGAGGCCCUCAGGGACCUCGUGGACCGACAGGUCCCAGGGGAGCAGCCGGGAUGCUCGGCAGUGCUGACCUGUGUCCAAACUCUUGUCCACCCGGAACCCCCGGCCAUCCCGGCCUUCCCGGCAUGAAGGGGCACAAAGGUGUAAAGGGGGAAGCGGGAGAACCUGGGAAACAAGGGCACAAGGGUGAGGAGGGAGACCAAGGAGUUCCAGGGGAAGUUGGCGCUCAGGGACCAACGGGCCCACAGGGAAUCCGAGGAGCCACAGGAAUGAUGGGAUCCAAGGGAGAGAUGGGAGCUCGAGGUCUUGAUGGAGAUCCAGGCCCUCAGGGUGUCGCAGGGGCUUUGGGGGAUCCAGGUCAGAGGGGCGUGAUGGGUGAACCUGGGCCUGGCGGUGAAGAGGGCGUUGAAGGGCCAAGAGGAAUCACAGGUCUUCCAGGUCCAAAAGGAGAGGCUGGCUUGCCAGGUGUAGAUGGCCGCGAAGGCAUUCCUGGCAUGCCGGGAUCAAAGGGAGGCAUUGGGAAGGCAGGCGUUCCCGGAGAGGUUGGACUUCAGGGGCUUCCUGGUUUGCCAGGUGCACCUGGACCAAAAGGCUUGAGUGGCCCCAAGGGAGAUGUUGGAGAAGCAGGCCUCCCUGGAACAAUAGGAUCUGCUGGAAAACCUGGUGAGCGCGGAGAACAGGGUGAGGUGGGGGCUGUUGGGCCCAUCGGUGAACCUGGAGACGUGGGUGAGCAAGGUCCUUCAGGUCCAGCUGGCAAACCAGGUGCCCGGGGACCCAAAGGUGAUCCGGGUCUUCCUGGCCUGCCAGGUCCUCCGGGCCUGCCCGGUGUCAAAGGAGAGAGGGGAGACCGAGGUGAAGCAGGACCCAAAGGAGAGCAGGGAACACAAGGUGAUGAGGGAGAUUCUGGAGACAAAGGAGAUGUUGGGGAGCCAGGAGAACCCGGAGCUAAAGGGGAGGUCGGGAACCCCGGGGAGCCGGGCAACAGAGGACCCGAGGGAGGCCGAGGCCAGCCUGGAGUGGAGGGCCCGCCGGGGUCACCCGGACCACGAGGCAUGCAGGGAAACAGGGGCCCGCCGGGAGUCAGGGGCACCCAGGGUCCUGCGGGUAAAGAGCCGAGUGAUCAGCACAUCAAACAAGUUUGCAUGCGAGUCAUGCAAGAACAGCUGGCUCAGUUAGCAGCCAGUUUGAGGAGGCCAGAAUCAGGCAUCGCUGGUUUACCUGGGAAACCUGGACCUCCGGGGCCUCCGGGGCCUCCAGGAGAUAAUGGCUUCCCUGGGCAGGCGGGUACAAGAGGUCUUCCAGGGCUCAAAGGGCCCCCGGGGCAGAUGGGAAUAAAAGGACCCAAAGGUGAAAUGGGAGACAGAGGAUCCAGGGGACCCACAGCACGAGGACCCAAAGGUCAGCCCGGACCUCCUGGACUUCCUGGGGAGCCUGGCAAACCCGGCUACGGUCAGAGCGGGCGGGACGGGCAGAGGGGACCCCCCGGCGUGCCCGGACAGCCCGGCGUGCCCGGGCCUCCCGGUGCAUCCGGUCUUAACGGUUACUGCGACCCGUCGGCCUGCAACCUCCAGGCAGGAGCCGCCCAGCAGUCCCUGGAUGUGAAGGGACCUGCAGGGAACUAAGAGACACUUUGGCAGAGACAGAAAGACUGCUGGAUUAUCUCCCCUGAGCACACACACAUUUCUCACACUGUCUUCCUGGGGGCUGUGGCUGGCAACGUGCCUUUGAUACAUUAACCCUUUUUCUCCAGUCAGCAUGUUUCUUUUUGUGCCAGCCACAUCUCCAUCAGAAGG